AUGAAAGGGAAGGAUAAUGUCAUAGCUGAUGCACUGUCCAGAGUGUCUCCCCAGCCAGCACCUAAAGAAGGAGAAGACGAGGAAGAUUUUAUCUCAGUUCACAUGCUCACAGAGGAAAUCCCUGCUGAUUCUAUGAGAGUUGGAGAUUUCAGACGCGCAACUGUAGAAGACACUAUUUCCGACUACUGGAGCUACAGAGAAGAGAUCAGCGCCGAGAAUGGUCUACUCUUCAAAGGCCAUCGACUCAUAGUUCCUGAGAAAUUGCGUAGCAGAGUCCUCCAAACUUUCCACGAGGGUCAUUUUGGUUUUGAGAAGAUGCAACUAAGAGUCCGAGAAGCAGUAUUCUGGCCAGGAAUAAUCUCAGAUUUACUACAGGCAGCACAGGGUUGUGAAGUGUGCCAGACGUUCUCAAGGAGCCAACAAUGUGAGACACUGUUGCCCCGUGAAGUUCCUCAAGGACAUUGGGAGAAGUUAGGAAUUUAUUUCUUUGAGUUUCAGUCUACUACCUACCUCCUGAUAGCAGACUACUACAGAAGGUUUCCUGUGAUCCGGAAAAUACGCAGCACCAACACAAGUGCUACCACCGAGAUUCUGAAGCAAGUGUUUAGCGAAUAUGGAGUGCCUCAAACUGUUAUGACAGACAACGGCCCCCCAUUCUCGUUGAAGGAAUUUGCAGCCUUUGCAAACCAAUACCGCUUUGACCACAUCAUGUCUAGUCCUUGUUACCCACAGAGUAAUGGUUUCAUCAAACAUAUGGUGCAGACGGUCAAGCAGUGUAUGAGGAAAUGUGCAGCCACAGAACAUGAUCCAAGCUUAGCUAUGUUGAUCUACAGAGCCACACACCUUACUACCAGCAUACCAUCACCUGCAGAGCUAUUGAGUGGAUGA